GUGGAAAGUUAUCAAAUAGUCGCUUAUCUUAUCAUCAUUCAUGAGAUGAUAGGUUAAAUAUUGUAUCAUCAUACAGUUUUUUUUGGAACAUUUUCUGAAUAACAACAACAAGAAUCGAACAUUAUCAUCGAAAACAAUUACAACAACAAAAAUCUGGACCAGAAAAAAAACGACAUAAAAAGCAAGACCACAAGAUACACGAAUGUACGGGAAUCUUCAAUGUUAAUGUCUUGUUGCACAUUGUCGUCGUGUUCAUCAUCACCACCAUCAUCACCAUCCACAUCAUCAUCAUCAUCAUCACCAUCAAAGCCAAAUCCAUUGUCGUCGUCAUUGUCGCCAAACCGAAUAGCAAAACUUGUAUUAAUAAUUGUAUUCAUAAUGAUGAACAACAGUUAUUCGGUCAAUACAAUGUGGAUUAUCGAAUAUCAGCCAUACAAUACAUUAAUUGGUGAGCCAAUAUCAUUGCCAUGUAAUAUAACACCACCAACUAGUGAUGAUGAUGUAUCAUUGAUAUUAUGGUAUCGUGAUGACCAAUCUACACCAAUCUAUACGGUUGAUGCUCGUGGCAUAGGCAAUAGCCUUAAAACGGCCAAACAUUUUCAUGAUAUGGCCAUAUUGGGCGAUGAUGAUCGUGUAACAUUCAAUAUAACAUAUCCAAUUUCUUAUCUACGAUUUAUACGAACAAUAGCCACAGAUACUGCUGAAUAUCGUUGUCGUGUAGAUUUUCGUCGUGAUCGUACCAUAAAUAGAGUGAUGCAAUUAAAUGUGAUAGUACCAGCCAAUAAACUAUCCAUCUAUGAUACCGGUAAUAAUUACAUCAAUGAUAUUGCUGGCCCAUUCAACGAAGAUAUUCCAUUGAAUUUGACUUGCUUAUCCGAAGGUGGAUAUCCAUUGCCAAAAGUUCGUUGGUGGAAAGGCGAACAAAUGAUUGGUAAUCAUAGUAUUACCGUUAAUAAUGUUGAUGGUAAUAAAGCAACAUCAAUAAUGGUCAAAAAUGUGAUAAAAUUUGAUAAGGUGUUACGUGAACAUCUUAUGAUGCCAUUGACAUGUGAAUCAACCAAUACCAAUCUAACUGUGCCUGUUACAAAAACCAUAUUGAUCGAUCUGAAUCUAAAACCAAUCGAAGUAAAAAUUGUACGACCAUUACAUAAUAUGACUGUUGGACAAAAAAUCGAAUUAGUAUGUCAAUCAAGUGGAUCAAGACCACCGGCAAAGAUUGAAUGGCGUAAAGAUGGUAAAUUAAUGGAACAUUUUAGUGAAACAACAUCUGAUGAUGGAUCAGUGACAACCAAUUAUUUGGCAUUCAUACCAACAAUCGAUGAUAAUGGUCGACAAUUAAGCUGUGUGGCAAAGAAUCCACAAUUCAAAAGAUUUGAAUUAGAAGAUCGAAUAGAAUUGAAUAUACAAUAUGCUCCAAUCCUAUCAUUACUAUUGGGAGCAAAUGCUAAACAACAAGAGAUUGUCGAAGAUAGUAGUGUUUAUUUUGAUUGUAACAUUCAAGCAAAUCCUCCAGUAAAAGAAUUUGGUUGGCUAUUCAAUGGAGAGGAAUUAGAUAGACAAUCAAUAAACAACAACAACAACGACAAUAUUAAUCGAAUCGAAAUACGAAAUAAUUCAAUAAUAAUCAAUAAUGUUAAUCGACAACAUAUUGGUGGCUAUCAAUGUUGGGCCACAAAUCAAUUGGGUAAAAGCUAUAGUGAAAUUGUUCAGCUUAAUGUUAAAUACGCACCAAUUUGUUCGAUGGAUGAAACGAUAAAUGAAAUGACAUUCGAAUUAGAAUUAUUUGAACAAUUGUCCAUUGGAUGUAAUGUCCAUGCUGAUCCUCGUGAUGUUAUGUUUUUUUGGGAAUUUAAUUCAUCAUCGCCUACAGCUGAUAUGUCAGUAAACAUUGAACAUCAUCAUCAUCAUCUGGGCAAGAGCAACAAAAACAUAAACAAUGCAUUGGAUUCGGUUGAUGAUGAUGAUGAUGAUGGUGAAGGUAACGAUGAAAAUCGAAGUCGUCCAUUAAUGAGUAUACAGAAUCAUCUUGAAUCACCAUAUCGCAGUGUAUUACAUUUUACGCCUCGUUCAAUCGAUCAUUAUGGUACAUUAUAUUGUUUUGCACAGAAUCGUAUUGGCCGUCAAAGACAGCCAUGUAUAUACCAUAUUCGUAAAUCAGAAACACCAAUGGCACCAAAAAAUUGCUCACUACAGAAUAUAACAUCAACAUCUUUGACGGUACAAUGUCCAUCAUAUAAUCAUCAUUAUUUUUACUCGAAUGUUCAUUCAUCACAAGAACAACAUUCAUCAAUAGAUGAUGACGGCGUGCAUCAUCUAUCGGCAACGAAUGGCAACUAUCAUUAUAUAUUAUUAAUCUACAACGGUUUGAAUCAAUUAAUCAGAAAUCUAAGCGAACCAUCAUCAUCUUCAUCAUCAUCAUCAUCGAUGAUUAAAUUCAAUAUUAAUGAUUUAUCUGCCAAUGAUAUGGAUAAUCUAAACAUGUUCAUCUAUGCUAUAAAUCGAAAUGGUGGUGGACAAAGUGAACGUAUCCGUGUACCAGUUACCAAUCUAGUUGGACAACCAAAAAAAUUGGAACAUAUCGAACAAUUCCGAUUGAAUAAUAUUAGACCAUUUCUAUUAUUAAUAUUCAUUGUCGCCUGUUUGAUUACAUCGAUUGGUGCUUUUAUCGUAAUGGUCAUUAUUAAGCUUGGACGACGACGAAGAAGAAAUAAAACAACAACGACAACAACAACAGCAGCAAAGAAAAACUAUUCAAAUGUUAAAAACAAUAAGGACCAUAUCGAUGGUAAUCAUAAUAAUAAUGUGAAACAAACAAAAGCAACAACAACAACGACGACGAUACGAAAUGAAGGAAAUGUUUUUGACAUUAGUAACAACCAACAAGACGACGAUUCAUUGAAUUCUGUUAUGAAUGUCGUUAAUAGUACGAGUGUUAGCUGUGGUGAUACUGCCAUCGUUAUGGCUUCAACAUUAUCAUCAACAUCAACAACAUCAACAACAACAACAAUCAACGAUAAAUAA